AUGAAGGAAGGCAUCAUCCGCGCCGGCCCCAAGGUCGAGAUCGUUGACUCGCCUGUUCCCAAGGCCGAGAAGGGUCAGGUUGUCAUCAAAGUUGUCUACUCUGGUAGCAACCCCAAGGACUGGAAGUACCCCGAUAUGACGAAGAAGGGCGAGCUGAACCAAGGCGACGACAUCUGUGGUACAGUCCACGAGGUCGGCCAGGGAGUCUCCGAGUUCAAGAAGGGUGACCGCGUCUUUGCUUUCCACCAGAUGCUUGCUCCCGGUGGCUCCUACGCCGAGUAUGCUGUUGCUUGGGCUCACACCACCGCAUACCUUCCCGAGCACGUCUCUUUCCAGGAGGGUGCCGCUCUGCCUCUCGCUGCCUUGACCUCUGCCCUUGGUCUCUACGACCGCCUGAGACUGCCCCAACCUUGGACUCCUCGCAAGGACGAUGAGAAGCCCAUUCCUCUAGUCAUCUACGGAGCCUCAUCCUCUAUCGGCUACUACGCCACUCAAUUCGCCGUUCGCUCAAACAUUCACCCCAUCAUUGGCGUCGCUGGUCGCGCCAGAUCACACGUCGAGAAGCUUCUUGACCCCAGUAAGGGCGACGUCAUCGUUGACUACCGCGACGGCAAUGAGGCAGUACAGAAGGGCAUCAAGGAGGCACUCAAGGGCGCUGAGCUAUACCACUGCUUCGACGGUGUUUCGGAACAGGGCUCAUACCAGAACGUUGCUGCGGUCAUGCCAGAGAAUGGUCACAUUACCCUUGUUCUUCCUGGCAAGGACUUCUCUGACUGCCCCAAGCACGUCAAGCAGUCCAUCACCAUGGUCGGAGAUGUUCACAACGAACACAAGGACUUUGGCUCAGUCUUCUUCCGCUACAUCGCAAAGGGUGUUGAUGAGGGUUGGUUCAAGCCUCAACCUCAGGAGGUGAUCCCUGGUGGUCUCAAUGGUGUCGAGCAAGGUCUUGCCAACUUGAAGUCUGGUAAGGCUUCAGCUGUCAAGUAUGUCUUCAAGAUUGCCGACACUCCUGGCGCAGGUCAGGACUAA